UGUUAGAAAUUUGUGGUUGUGGAGAAUGAUUAGAGGAAGGUGAAGGCGGCCGAGUGAAAGCGAGUGAACUCAGUGGGUUUUUACAAAUAAGAAUUCGAUUUCGGAUUGGGUUGUUCGUUUCUCUUCUCUUCUUCCUUUAUUUCUUCAAUCGCUUCAUCUUCGUCUUCUUCUUCAAUCGCUUCAAUCAAAGCAUGAGAAGAACAAUUUGUUUGUAGAAGUUGUUGUUCCUCACUGUUAGGUGUUUCUUCCAUCGCUCUCUUUUCAAACAUGCUUCCGGCACUCUCUCAAUUCAAGAUUAACCAUGUCGGGGCUAAAUGCUCCCCUAACCCUAUUCCCAUGCUUCCCACGCUCUACCACACACGCCGGCCUUCACUUUGCCGAUCCUCUUCAUCCUCCGACCUCAGGAAUAUCUCCGGCCUCAAAAUUACCGCCCACGUCGAAACCGACUCCACCAAUCACUUGGAGCGUUGCUUUAACGCGCCCGUCGCUUCCGAGCCUGCCUCUAUGAAGGGCGGCCAGUACGGCGCGUUCGGCGCCGUCACCUUGGAGAAAUCAAAACUCGAUUUAUCGCAAAAGGAAACCUUUUCUAGCCCUGAGCUAGCCACUGGGGGAGGUGGUGGAGAUAUUGGAAAGAAAAUCAAUCAUGGUGGUGGUGAUGGAGGCGAUGAUGAUGGUGAUGAUGAUGAUUACUUUGAUGACUUUGAUGAAGGUGAUGAGGGAGAUGAGGGUGGCUUGUUUAGGAGACGAAUACUUUUUGAAGAGCUAUUUGACCGAAAGUUUGUGGACGCUGUGUUAAAUGAGUGGCAAAGGACUAUGAUGGAUUUGCCUGCAGGGCUUCGGCAAGCUUAUGAAAUGGGGUUGGUUAGUUCAGCUCAAAUGGUAAAAUUUCUCGCAAUCAAUGCAAGGCCAACCACCAGUAGGUUUAUUUCCCGAACACUGCCUCAAACACUAUCAAGGUCUUUCAUUGGCAGGUUGCUCGCAGAUCCUGCAUUCUUGUAUAGGUUUGUAUUGGAGGAGGUAGCUACAGUGGGUUGCUCAUUGUGGUGGGAGUUAAAAAAUCGGAAAGAUAGGAUAAAGCAGGAGUGGGAUCUUGCACUUGUGAACGUGCUGACAGCGGCAGCAUGCAAUGCACUAGUUGUUUGGUCCCUUGCUCCUUGUCGAUCAUAUGGGAACACAUUUCGGUUUGAUUUACAAAAUACAUUGCAGAAGCUUCCAAACAACAUAUUUGAGAAGAGCUAUCCACUUAGGGAAUUUGAUUUGCAAAAGAGAAUCCAAUGCUUUUUGUUCAAGGCUGCUGAGUUGUGCAUGGUUGGUUUGAGUGCUGGUGCAGUACAAGGUGCUUUGUCAAACACUUUGGCCAGUAAAAAGGAGGGAAGAUUAUCUGUUACAGUCCCGAGUGUGAGCAGUAAUGCGCUUGGUUACGGUGCUUUUCUCGGAAUUUAUGCUAACCUUAGAUAUCAACUGUUAUGUGGGUUUGAUAGAGCAAUGAUGACCCAUUUUGAUGUUAUUGGAGUUGCCCUGUUCUUCAGCACAACAUUCAGGUUCUUGAACGUUCAAUUAGGAGAGACUUCUAAGCGUGUAUGGCUUGGAGUUGAGGCAGAUCCACUGGCUCAGUCGGAUGACCUCUUGAAAGUGUACAACAGGACGUCUGAGAAUGUAGAAACGCCAUCCUCAAAAUGGUUUAUAUCAAAGAAUGCGGUUGUUUCUGGGCUUGGCCUCCUGGGCAUCAAACAAAGGAGUGCAGACGGGACAGGUGCAGAAUCCUCAGCUCCUAAAGCUCGGCGGAAAAGGAUUGUUAGGAAGAAGGUUGCGGCGGGUUCUGCGUGAUGUGACGCUGUCCAAUUUUGCUCUUUGCUACUUCUGGAGUAUCCUUGGGCGGUUCACUGGCUGCUCCAUACUAAGUUGGGGGUUAAUUAGUGGACCAACAUUUUUUUAUCACAUUAACUGAGAUUUCAGGAGGGUUUUGUUUCUAAAUUUUGUAGGAAUUCUUAUAUUCAUCGUUUGCGCAUUGCUAUCUGAUUCUGUACUAUAUAUUUCGAAUCGAUUGAAUAAAGUAGAGCAAGUAUUUUCUUUCACCUCU